UGUUUGUAACAGUAUGCUUUUGAAUUGUUACUUAAGGUUUAGAUUAUUUUGAUAAGCUGAGGUGUUAAAGUUAGUAUCAAAAUAAUGUUCUUUAAUAUACUAGUAGUGACAUCUGUUAACAAUUCUUUGACACACCUCAUUAUAAUUGUCUAUUAAAAAUUUAGUCCGUGAACAACCUCAAACCAUGUUUUAAUAGUUUCCGCAUCCAUUGGGGUUGGCCGGUCAAAGCUUAGCGUAGAUGGCGCCAGCGUAGCUAGUUCUUUUGUGUUUGGCGGCCAUUGCUCUGUCAUGUAUUGUUUACAAAUUUAAGAACUGUUUAUUCGCUCUUCACUGACUUGAAGACACCCUACAAUUGUGAUAACUUUUAGAUUAUUAUGGAAUCGUCAUGUAUUCAAAGUAUCGGAUCAAGGAACUAAAAGAUGAGCUCCGAAAACGUGGUGCUUCCUUACGCGGAAAGAAAGCAGAUCUUGUUGAAAGGUUGGAGUUUUAUGACAAAAACUUCAAUUUUGGCCGUUCUGAAAAUACUGAUAAUGAUGAUCUAAAGAUUCAGUUGUCGUUAGGAGAAACCUAUCGGGAUAUUAACAGUAACACAAUAUUGCCACCCCUAGAUAAGACCAUGAUAAGACAUUAUUUAUGCUACACACAGAAAAAAAUAGAUACAGCAAUGCAGUUAUAUGAGACACGUCACUUGCUGAUGGCACGAGCUUCUGUGGUUGGUGACAAUACCUUCAUAAAAGGCUACUGUAGGAAGACUAUGAAGAGUCUACAGUAUGAAGUAGAUAUAUUAAUAAAUAAGAAUGGUAACCCUGAAGCGUCACAAUGUGGAAGCCCUGCUGGAAGUGGAACAAAAAUUAAAAAAUUGUGCAAACAUGUUGCAGUCCUUUUAUUUGGCAUUGAGAACAUGGUACGAGAAAAGCUUCUGCUUCAGCAAAAAGUAUGCACUCAAAAACUGCAACAGUUUCAUGUACCUAGCAAGCCCUACACUGGUAGUCCUGUUAAAGCAGAGAAAUUUUACAGGAGAAAAAGAAAUAUAAUUUUUGAACCAUACUCAAAAAUAUAGAUAGAGUAAAUUAUAAUAUAAGAUUCUCUAAUUUGAUCCUUGGUUUUUGGAAUUCCCGGAUGCCUUUGAAACAAUUAUAUGAGCCAGAAAACCCAUAUGCUCUAAUAAAUGAUCACACGUAUACAAAUAUAAAUCCUGAGGAGCAAUUUUUAAAAGAAAUGAAAUUGAAUAAAAUUACAAAAGAAGAAGCAAACCUCAUUCAGAACAAUACAAUUGGCCAAAGUGAAUGUCCUGAUUGGCAUAAAUAGACAAAUGCGACUAACAGCCAGUAAUUUCCACACAAUUUGCAAUUUAAAGCCAAAAACUAUG